GUGGAUGUGAUCAUGCUCAAAAGAGAGACCAAAUCAGAAAAUGACAGGCCACGGAGAGUCCGGUUUCGAAUUGCUUCUUCUCACAGCGGGCGAGUUCUGAAGGAAGUGUAUGAAGAUGGGCAACCCGCAGGCUCUCUGGAUUCUGAAUGUGCCAGUAUAUGUGGCAUAGAUGGACUAAGUGAGUCUGACGGACAGCAGAAUGGCCACCUUGGAUCAGAAAGUGAUGAAUAUGAGAACGAACAGGAUAAUUUGCUCGUGUUAGCUAGAGCUGCAUGUGAGAAGGGUUUUGGUACAAGAAGAGUUAAUAUUAUAAGCAAAAAUGGGACAGUGAGAGGCGUCAAAUACAAAGUGAGUGCUGGCCAAGCUCUUUUCAACAAUCUCACCAAAGUGUUACAGCAACCAUCAACCGAGCUAGAAUUUGACCGUGUAGUGAUAUAUACCACUUGUCUUCGUGUGGUACGGACAACCUUUGAGAGAUGUGAACUCGUUAGAAAGAUCUUCCAAAAUCAUCGAGUAAAAUUUGAAGAGAAAAACAUAGCAUUGAAUGGUGACUAUGGCAAAGAGCUAGAUGAACGCUGCCGACGAGUAUCUGAAGCUCCAUCCCUCCCUGUUGUGUUCAUAGAUGGCCAUUAUCUUGGGGGUGCUGAGAAAAUUCUAUCAAUGAAUGAAUCAGGAGAACUGCAAGACCUCUUAACCAAAAUUGAGAGAGUGCAGCAUCCACACGAGUGUCCCUCCUGUGGCGGCUUUGGCUUCCUACCAUGCUCCGUGUGCCAUGGGAGCAAGAUGUCAGUGUUUCGCAACUGCUUUACAGACUCAUUCAAAGCCUUGAAGUGUACUGCUUGCAACGAGAAUGGUCUUCAGCGCUGUAAGAGUUGUGUUGUUUAG